AUGCUGCUUGGGGCGUCUCUGUUGGGGGUGCUGCUGUUCUCCUGGCUGGUGCUGAAACUGCCCUGGACCCAAGUGGGGUGCUCCCUGUUCUUCCUCUACCUGGGGUCUGGCGGCUGGCGCUUCAUCCGAAUCUUUAUCAAGACUGUCAGGCGUGAUGUCUUCGGCGGCACCGUGCUCCUGAGGGUGAAAGCCAAGGUCCGACGGUACCUACGGGAGCGGCGCACGAUCCCCAUGCUGUUCGCUGCCACAGUCCAGCGCCACCCGGACAAGACAGCCCUGAUCUUCGAGGGCACAGACACGCACUGGACCUUCCGGCAGCUGGACGACUACUCGAACAGCGUGGCCAACUUCCUGCAGGCGCAGGGCCUGGCCUCGGGCAACGUGGUCGCCCUCUUCAUGGAGAACCGCAAUGAGUUUGUGGGCCUGUGGCUGGGCAUGGCCAAACUGGGCGUGGAGGCGGCGCUCAUCAACACCAACCUCCGGCGGGACGCGCUGCUCCACUGCCUGACCUCCUCCCAGGCCCGGGCCCUCGUCUUUGGCAGCGAGAUGGCCCCAGCUGUCCUUGAGAUCCAUGCCAACCUGGACCCCUCGCUCAACCUCUUCUGCUCCGGUCCUUGGGAGCCCAGUGCGGUGCCCAUUGGCACAAAUCACCUGGACCCGCUACUGGAAGAUGCCCCCAAGCACCAGCCCAGCCAUCCCAACAAGGGCUUCGUAGAUAAGCUCUUCUACAUCUACACAUCAGGCACCACCGGGCUGCCCAAAGCUGCCAUCGUGGUGCACAGCCGGUAUUACCGGAUGGCCGCCCUGGUGUACUAUGGCUUCCGCAUGCGGCCCGACGACAUCAUCUAUGACUGCCUCCCCCUCUACCAUUCUGCAGGAAACAUCGUGGGGAUGGGGCAGUGCCUGAUCCACGGCAUGACUGUGGUGAUCCGGAAGAAGUUCUCGGCUUCCCGCUUCUGGGAUGACUGUAUCAAGUACAACUGCACAAUCGUGCAGUACAUCGGUGAACUGUGCCGCUACCUCCUGAACCAGCCGCCCCGGGAGGCGGAAAACCGGCACCGCGUGCGCAUGGCGCUCGGCAACGGCCUCCGGCAGUCCAUCUGGACCGACUUUCGUAGCCGCUUCCACAUCCCCCAGGUGGCCGAGUUCUACGGGGCCACGGAGUGCAACUGCAGCCUGGGCAACUUCGACGGCCAGGUGGGGGCUUGUGGCUUCAACAGCCGCAUCCUGUCCUUCGUGUACCCCAUACGGCUGGUUCGUGUCAACGAGGACACCAUGGAGCUGAUCCGGGGCCCCGACGGUCUUUGCAUUCCCUGCAAGCCAGGUGAGCCGGGCCAGCUGGUGGGCAUCAUCAUCCAGCGAGACCCCCUGCGGCGCUUCGACGGCUACCUGAACCAGGGCGCCAACAACAAGAAGAUCGCCCAGGAUGUCUUCAAGAAGGGGGACCAGGCCUACCUCAGCGGUGACGUGCUGGUGAUGGAUGAGCUGGGCUACCUGUAUUUCCGUGACCGCACAGGGGACACGUUCCGCUGGAAAGGCGAGAACGUGUCCACCACCGAGGUGGAGGGCACGCUCAGCCGCCUGCUGGACAUGGCCGACGUGGCCGUGUACGGCGUCGAGGUGCCAGGGACCGAGGGCCGGGCCGGCAUGGCCGCCGUGGCCAGCUCCUCUGGCACCUGUGACCUGGAGCACUUAGCCCAGCUCCUGCAGAAGGAGCUGCCGCUGUAUGCCCGCCCCAUCUUCCUGCGCUUCCUGCCCGAGCUGCACAAGACAGGGACCUUUAAGCUACAGAAGACAGAACUGCGGAAGGAGGGCUUUGACCCAACAGUUGUAAAAGACCAGCUGUUCUACCUGGAUGCCCGGAAGGGCUGCUACGUCCCACUGGACCAAGAGGCCUACACUCGCAUCCAGGCAGGCCAGGAGAAGCUGUGA